GACAAAAAGGGGGGGCAGAGAGAAGGCGGAGUUUUUAAUGGAGCCGAGAGAGAGUCACUAACAGAAAGCAGUCGGACACUCUGUGGAAAUAUGAUGGAGGUCAGCAUUGUUUCCAAGGACACGGGUCACACGAGCCCUCUGACAGGAUCACCUGACGCUUCAGCAGUCCCCUCUAUCGCCUCUAUCCCUACUUCUCUUCUCUCUCCACCUUCCCUGCCCUCUUCCCUCCCUCCAGCUCGGCCAUGUCGACCCAAACCACCACCACCUCCUACAGCAAAGACCUGCCAACUUCAGUCUUGUCCUCCCCUACCUCCAUCCACUCCACCAUUCCUCCCUCCUCCUCUCCCUCCCGUCACCAAACCUCCCUCCCCUCUCUCCACUGAUCCUCCCUUGGUUCUCCCUCUCUCUUCUAACCCACGUCCCCCAUCUCUUCCUCCUGCUCAAUCUCCUACACCGGUCUGUCCUUCUCCCCUGCUUCCUCUCCAGCCAACUGUCUCCUCUGAUCUUAGCCCCUCUUUUACUCCUCUUCCUCUUGCCCCUCCAUUAUCUACAAUGAUGUCAUACCCCCCUGUCAUCCCACCAUCCUCUCCAUCUCCUGCAUUGCUCAGUCCUAUAGAUCGGUUGGUUGGGAGUGCCUCUGUAUGGCAGCCCAAAGGAUUCAGCCAAGACCAAACCACAACUAUAAUGGAAAAAGAGACACCUGGGACAUUCCUGGUUCACAGCAAAGAGGACCAGGGCAUGACACUGUCAGUACGCCUACCUGAUGAACAGGGGGCACCACUCGUGCACAACCUAAUGGUCAAACAACACAAAACAUUUGUACACUUAGACAGUUCCUGUCUCCUUUUUGAUGACAUCUUCAAACUGAUCUCCUUCUACUGUGCCAGCAGGGACAUCCUGGCCAUCCCACUGAGGUUACCCCAGGCCAUUACCACAGCAACUAAGAGAGAGGAGCUGGAGGUCAUCUGUGCUAUGGGUGCAGAUUUCUGGAUGUCUGACCUGAACCAGCAGGCAAAGAACCAGGACCGCAGCAGCCUCUACCUGUAUGUCAACCCAGUCACAGUAGAGGAGAGCCCCAACAAAGAACCAAACUACUCCUUUACCUCUAAACCUGAUAUCAUCACCAAUGAAAACAUCACCUCCUCCCAGCAGAAUGGAGAAACCCCACAGCAAGUCAGCCCAGAGGUCAAAAGUCUGACUGAAACCACAUCCAACCAGAAAGUUAAAUACAAGCGCCCCCCACCCCGACCCCCCAGCCCGGGCUCAGGGUCUGGGAUGGGCCUCCUCUUCUCCUCUCCCUGCUUACUUCACACUUCAUCUUCUGUAACUCCAACAGCUGAGAGAAAAGAGGAAGGAAAGGGUGGAGUAGGGGAGAGAGAAGAGAGGAAGUCAGUGUCAACAUCACCUCCUCCAUUGAGGCCUCCUGUGCCCCUGCAGAGCCGAGCUGCUCCUCCUCUGCCUCCUGCUCCUCUCCGUCACACCUCCUCCAGGAAAAGCACUGACCGAGAUGUAGAAGAGGGGAGGGAGAAAGACAAGGGAUGGAAUCCUGCAAAGAAGAGAGAUGGGGGAGGAGAGAGAGGAGAAAAGAAUACAGGAGGUAAAUCAGGUCUGCUGGGCGAGGAGGCCAACAGUAGCCAGCAUCAAAAGGAAGAGGUAAAAAAGGACAGAGAAAAGAGAGAGGAAGAGGAUGAAAAGCAGGAAAAAGAGAGGAAAAUGGAUAAAAAGGAUGACAAGCAAAAAUCCAGCUCCCAGUGUCCGCCAUUACUGAAGAAACCAUUCCGUCCAGUCCCUCCACCGAGAAGGAAAUCAUGCUCCCCGAAUGCCUCUACAUGCUCUAACCAGACUGGAGGAGGAUCAGCCAAUCAGGGUGCUGGGAUGAGAGUGCUUCCUCCCUGUCCGGCACGGCGGCCGGAUGUGUCACUGUACUCACCACAAGGGGGUGCUGUGCUAGGAACCGACCCUGACUCCAGCUCUAACAGCAGCGCAGAGGAAGAAGGAGAGCUGGACCAGGACCAAGAGCAAAACCACAAUUGCCCUGCAGAGAGCCGCAGCCCCAAGGUGGCGGUAAGAAGAACCCCCACCACCAUUAUGUUGGACCGAGCCCGCUAUCGCCUGUCCACCGUCCUCACCGGCCUCAUCAGCCAUGACCGACGCCUCACUCAGCGCAUCGUAGAGCUGGCCAGGGACCCUCUGAGUUACUUUGGAAACCUGGUAAAAGAGCACCGUGCAUUCACCUUGGAGACCAUGUCGAACCACUCCUCCUCCACUGAGCUAUUACAGGAGAUCAGACAGAUGGUGACUCAACUGAAGAGUUACCUUUUACAGAGUACAGAACUGCAAGCCAUGCUGGAACCACAACAUCAGUAUGCUCAAGACAAACUAGAGAGCAUAGUAGAAGCUGCCCUGUGUAAGAGUGUACUGAAGCCACUGAGGGAGCCAAUUUACCAGAGUCUGCAGAAACUGCACACUAAUGACAACAGCCUGAAACAGCUGGCACAGAACCAGUCUGUCGUCCUCGGCAGCACCACCACAGCAUUAGGAAUAACCACUGCAGUCCCUGAGGCCUCUGCUAUGGAGAAGAUCAGCAUCAAACUGAACAACCUCCAUCUGGAGUAUUCUCCCCAGAAAAAGAUCGAGCUGCUGCUGAAGGCCUGCAAGAUCAUCUAUGAGUCCAUGUCUGUCAGCAGUCCAGGGCGAGCCCAUGGCGCUGAUGACUUCCUGCCCGUAAUGAUGUACGUCCUGGCUAGAUCCAAUCUGUCCAACCUGCAGCUCGAUGUUGAAUAUAUGAUGGAGUUGAUGGAUCCCUCAUUGGCAUUAGGAGAAGGUUCUUAUUAUUUGACCACCACCUACGGGGCUCUGGAGCACAUUAAGACUUUUGACCAGCAGAGGUCAGCAACACGGCAGCUCAGCAGAGAGGUUCAGGACUCCAUCCACCGCUGGGAGAGACGACGCACACUCAACCGGGAGCGUAUGGCCCAAGGAUCUGUUCAGGACUUUCUAACAGUUUGCUGUCCUGAGAUCGGAAUCAACCCAAAAACUCUGGGUGUCCUCCCCACCACGACAAUCCAACAACUAGCUGAACAGUGUGCUGCGCGCUUUGAACAAGACUCCUACAUGCUUAGUGUGUAUAUGGAUGGUGUUCACCGGCCUCUGGCCCCUGCAGAGCUGGCUCUCAGUGUUAAGAACAGCUGUCAGCCUGGAGCCUACUGCUUUGUCUAUCACCUUAUCGACCAACCUACCAACCAGCCCAGCCGCAGCUGCCCCACUGACCCGCCCCCAGCUCCACCUGCAGAGUGCUUUGUUCCAGCUGACACAUCAGCUAUCAACACUGUGGAGCCAGAGGCAGAAGAGGAGAGUUUGAUUAGCCUGUAACUGUUUCAGCAGCUACACUAUCGCUACGGUAACGACAUCACUAUUGCGACUACAUCAACAAAGUGCUGAAUCAAAAGAAGGGGGGAUCAAAAUUUAGGAAAGUGUUUAAAUCUCAGGUCCCACUUCAAAUAUUGAUCUAACAGAAAGUGAUGUGGAUUCGUGCAUGCAGGAUUUCACAACAUACUCUAUGUGAUGAAACAUGUAUAGUGUGACUCCCCUGUUCUGAAUUAGUUUGAGUUUAAAUCCUUAGUCUGAUGCCAUGUAAGGGAGCAGUGAUCAAUUAAAAUGAGACAACAAAAAGGUGAAAGACAGAUUUUGUAUUGCAACAUGGGGUCUGGAACCUCAGGGACAGGAGGAGGAUAUGGUUUUAUACAAUGUAAAAAUACAUGUAGUUCCAACAUGCGCAUAUGAUGGUGUUUAUAAUAUUUAUACUCUAUGAUACUUGAUGUUACUACGAGACUUUUGUUUCAAACAGGUGUUGACUGUAAAUGACCGAUUACCGGAUUCAGGAUUAUAGUAACAGGAUGAAUGUGUAAUUCCUAUAUUUUAUGUAUAAAUAAUACAAAAGUCCACAGCAUUAAGAUCAAUGCUACUUUUCUAAAACACUUGUUUAAAGGAGUCGAAAGUUGUAUGUGGCAAUUGUUAUUCAAAGCUCAAGUACAGUAGCAGCUGUAUGGACCAAAACUUUCAUUUUCAUUCCAAAACCUGAUUCUGAUUGUACUGUAAAUAAACUGGCUUUUUGGUAUUGCUA